AUGGCUGGCAUUUCAGAAGCCAAUAUAUCCACCGCAGACGUUCCUUCAACCGCUGCAUCAGAGCAGGAGGUGCUUGUCCAAUACGUCGUCCUUAGGAGCGAUCUGUGGAAAAGUUUGGAGUGGCCACUGGGCAGCAUUGUGGCGCAGGCCUGCCAUGCAGCCACAGCCGCGCUGUGGCUGAGUCGCAAUGAAGAGAACAGUCUGGCCUACUGCGCAGACAGCAACCUUGACCACAUGCACAAGGUGGUUCUGGAGGUCAAAGGGGAGGCGCAGCUGACUAAUCUAGCAGCAAAGCUGCAGGAAGCAGGCGUGCCCCACAAGCUGUGGAUUGAGCAGCCAGAGAAUUUCCCCACCUGCCUGGCCACGGCGCCUGCCCCAAAGAGCGCUGUGCAGCAGCACUUCAAGAAGCUCAAGCUGUGCAAGGGGUCGUAG